GUCGGCACUAGUAUUUAGCUCUAGCCGCGUGGUGCCGGCAUUUCAGUCUUGGUCGGCUGUCAGCUCAUCGCAUCGCUCGAUUCUCAACGGGAGGGGUUAAUUCCGCUGAAAGACACCAGUACCCAGAGCAAGAAACACGUUGUUUCACCGUUGAUUCGUUACUGCGCGGUUUUCUCCAGUGGUUGGUUGCAUUUUGUGCGCGGCAUUAACAGCGGUGGUACGCGUCCAAUAAAGGUUAACCGGCAGGGGUUGACGAGGGUGAGAACAGAAGAGAACCAAGAGAAUAAUGGCGCCAAAUAUCACCAGUACCCCAACGGGAGUAAUAUACGAGGGGGAGAAAGUCGAUGAAAGCUCACAAAUCGAGCAGCCAAAAAAGAAAUUCGUGAGACAGAUCGUUUGGAGAAACGUAGUUAUCUUCGUCUACCUACAUCUGGCAGCGAUUUACGGACUCUACCUUGCCUUGACAUCCGCCAAGAUUUUAACAUCCCUGUUUGCCUUACUUCUAUAUAUGGGUAGUGGUCUCGGAAUCACCGCUGGCGCUCACAGAUUAUGGUCACACAAAUCGUACAAGGCAAAAAUGCCUUUGGAAUUUUUUCUAAUGCUUAUGAACACCAUAGCCUUUCAAAAUUCGGCAAUCGAGUGGGCCAGGGACCACAGAUUGCACCAUAAAUACAGCGAGACCGAUGCGGAUCCCCAUAACGCGAAAAGAGGAUUCUUCUUUGCUCAUGUUGGUUGGUUGCUGUGCAAAAAACAUCCGGACAUCUCGGAGAAAGGAAGGGGAAUCGAUAUCAGUGAUUUAAUGAAUAACAGGAUACUCAGUUUCCAAAAAAAAUAUUACAUGAUCUUGAUGCCAAUCAUGUGUUUCGUACUGCCAACCGUUAUUCCAGCUUUGUGUUGGAAUGAGUCGUGGUCGAACGCCUAUUUCAUUUCUGGAGUCUUGCGUUACAUUUUCACGCUGAAUUGCACGUGGUUGGUUAACUCCGCAGCCCAUCUCUUUGGAAACAAACCAUACGACAGGUAUAUCAACCCAGCUGAAAACAAAGGAGUGGCCCUUACAGCUUUUGGCGAGGGCUGGCACAACUACCACCAUGUGUUCCCAUGGGACUACAAAACGGCCGAGUUAGGCAAUUACAGAUUCAAUAUCACGACAGCUUUCAUCGACCUCUGCGCCAAGCUUGGUCUGGCGUACGACUUGAAGGUGAUUCCCGUGGACAUGGUUAAGAAACGGGUGGAAAGAACGGGCGACGGUAGCCACGAACUUUGGGGCUGGGGUGACAAAGAUCAGACACAAGAAGACAGGAACCAGACGAUGGUAAUACAUUCCCUAAAGAAAAACCACUAGGGAAGAUCCGCCAAACAGCCGACCGUUGUGCCGUGCAAUGAACGGCGGCCAACUUUGUACAGUUAUUAGGACGGGGCCGGGUUGGGCUAUCCAAAAAAAUUUGGGGUAUCACUUAAUAUUUUGUAGUCACGUGGUUGCGGGAAUGCUAGCUACAUUCGAUUUUCUGGGAAAUUGCUCAAAUACUAUUCUGUUAAUUGAUCCAUACUCUGUAUCUUAUUUUGAAUACCCUAAGUUGUAAUAUUAAUUAUAAAUAUGAUACAUGUUAUGGCCAGAGCAAAAUUGAUAUACAAGCAGCCACUGUGGCAACGAUUCAUGUAAAUAUUCAUAAUACAAUAUGAAAUAUAACCACAUGAUGAAAAUGAAUUGUAACUGGGAUUAACAGCACACGUUGCUCAAAAAGCUGAAU